GCGGCCACAGGCGGCGAUCGGAGCCAUGGCGGAGCUGCCGCUGCCCGCCGGGCUCAGCGCCAGCGCCUUCCCCGCCAAGCUGUGGCGCCUGGUGAACAGCCCCCGCGUCCGCUCCGUGCGCUGGGACAGCCGCGCCCAGGGGCUGCUCGUCGACCGCUCGCUCUUCGAGCGGGAGCUGCUCAGCCCGGGCGACGCCCACGGGGGCGGCCAGGGGGUGGGGCCGACGCCGGACUCCUUCCAAGCCACGCACUUCGGUAGUUUCGUGCGGCAGCUCAACCUCUACGGCUUCCACAAGGUGCCGAGCCGGGUUGGCUCAUCUGAGCCCGGCGAUGCCGGGGGCUGGCUCCACUUCAGGAACCCCAACUUUCGCCGCGACCGCCCCGACCUCCUGCUCCAUAUCAAGCGCCUGACCAGGGCCAACAGGCAGCGGCUGGCAGCGGGGCUGGAGGUGCGCAGCCGCCAGCCCAGCCGCUUCCAGCAGCUCCGCACGGAGCGGCCGCUGGCGUCCUUCCCCGCCGGGCAGCCGCCCAGAGCCGUGCUCUCAUACCAGGACCUCACUGCUGCCUCACCUGAGGGUUUACAGCUGCCUCCAGGCCCUUCCAGGCUAAGCGCAGGUGCUCAGGAGUCUGACUUCUUCCUGACAUCUCCCAAGAAAGUCUUUGCCUCAUCUGGAUUUCUUGGGGUUUCAUCAGAGGAACCAGGCACCAGCAAAUUUCAUCUCAAGCGUGAGCUCAUCAUUCCGCUGGUUCCCAUAGACUGCAGAUGCCGCCCUGAGCUCACCGUUUCUCUGCGUCCCAUAGACCAUCACAGCCCUUCCAUGGCCUCUCCAGAGGGAAGCAGCUGCACAUCUUCAGAGCAGUAUUUGCCAGCCUGCAGUUCAUCAGCCACCCCAGGCACUUCAGGCCCCAGCGCUCCAGCUGGCAGUGCUGGUUUUGCACCAUGGACAGCCCCCAGCUGGCUGUGGAAUACUCCUGGGCAAGAGGAAUUGCCACCACCAGAUCUGGACAUGGUGCUUGAGACGCUGGAGGAGAUGUUUUCUCCCUCUGCUCAGGUAACUGCAUUGGACAGGGAAGAAAAGGGCUGGGAGCUGAGAGCUUGUGAAUGUUGUUGCAUGGCUGAGAAGCAAAGGCUUCUUGAGUUCAGCUCAGUGAAUGGACAGGAAAAGAUUUGCUUGGUGAAACAAGACUUCCUAAAGAAGAGGGAAUGAAAAAGUCUCCCCCUGAAUAAGGAUGAAGAGGUGUGAGCCUGUGUUGGCCAGGUUUGGGUGCCUGUUUUCCUGGGAAGAAUCCCUCGUGCAGGGGUGUUUGUGGUGAGGAAGUGGAAGCUUUGUAGGUUCUAAGAGGCUUUGUUUGGUGGGAAAGAAGAGAAGAGUGUUUGGAGAAUUGCCAAGUGUCCCGUGCAGGGAGGGACAUGCCAGAGGUGCCUGUUCCAGCAGCAGAUGUGGGCUGUGCCUCUUUUGGGUGGGAAGG